UAAAGAAUAAGUACAAAGCAAAAUUUCAGUACAAAUAUGCUAUUUAGUAACUCCAACAUAUUGCGGUCGAGUCGUAACUUGUGGUCGCGCUGCUACGGCGCGUGGUACGGCGCUUGCCACGAUGCGUUGAAAUGGCCCCCGGGUUUUACCACUCACCCUAUGCGUAGACGCUACUGUACCUGUCCUGAUGGCAUGAAAGUCACUGUUUGUGGUGCUGCCGGUUGUACAGGACAGCCAUUAUCCCUGCUGUUGAAACAGUGCCCAUUGAUCGACGAGCUGGCGGUGUAUGAUCAGGUUCCGACAUGUGGCUUCGGCAUGGAGCUCAGCCAUGUGGACACCAAUUGCCGAAUCGCCUCGUAUUCAGGACGACACAUGCUAUGCGACGCACUCAAGGGUGCAUCAGUGGUCGUGAUUGUGGUACGAGAUCGAUACGAUACCUUCGAGUGCAGCGCGCCUCUCUGUGCAGAAAUCGCUUUGGAAAUCUGCAACAUGUGCCCUAAUACGUUUACAAUAGUAGCGACAGAGCCGGUAGAAAGUAUGGUGCCCCUAAUUGGGGAGAUUCAACGCCUGCGCUGCGCGUACAACCCGCGCAAGCUGUUGGGCUGUGUGGAACUCAAUUGCGUGCGUGCAAACACUGUACUGGCGGACUUCCUACGAAUGCCCCCUGAAUCCGUCCGCGUACCCGUAAUUGGGGGUGCUACGCCACGUACCAUGGUGCCUGUAUUAUCAGCCGCUUGCCAUCCUUGCACCAUGUCACAGGAACAGACUGAAUGCGUAACUUCGUGCAUAAUGAACGGGACGGAAGCAGUAUGCGCUGCCAAAGGGUCAUGUCUGGAGACUCCGUGUCUAGCUGGCGCUUACGCCAUCGCGCGUACAACUAUCAACGUGGUAAAGGCGUUGCAAGGCGCAAAGAUCAUUCAGUGCGCCUACGUCGAUAGCCUUGGAGCUUGCGCUCCCGAAACACAGUACUUUUCUAGUGAGGUAGUGUUGGGACCUGCAGGAAUAGGGAAGAAUUUUGGUGUACCGGAACUAACGAAAUUUGAAAACUGUCUUCUUUGUAAAUGUCUUCCGUACAUACGUAACGAGCAAGCUAGAGCUACUUGGCUGGUGUACUCGAUGUGCCAGUGUUGCUGCAGCUCUAGCUGCUGCGUCCAUCCGAAUACCUGUUACAAAUGUCCUGUCGUAACAUGCGUGCCACCCACCAAUUGGGCCUGCUCUCCUCCCGACUUAUGCCGUGACCAAUAUCUUGCAUCUAUCUGUCGUGAGAUGACGUGCCAGUGCGGCUACUCGGAGUUGGUGUGGCGUCCGCGCGACUCGGACUACGACGCAGCGCGCGCCGCCAACCUCAGUCACCAAAUGCCUUAUAAGGACAGCAACCGGUCGGCCAUAUUCUCCGUGCCGCGCUCCGUACGCAUACAACAGCAAAUCCGUGAGCGCGCCAUGGACCCGAAUAAGCAAUGACAAUUUUGUAGGCACUUUCACGAGUUUCACGGGCAGCAAGCAACAAGCGGCAACAAACGGUGAAUCGGUCAGAAUACUGAAAUAUAUAUACUGAACCACUCUUUAAAUAAAAUACUUAACCCGUCACGCGCGUCCUA